AUCGCCCUUGCGCCGACACGACUGUCACCCGACAACAACACAAGCGCAAACAUGGCUGACCGUGGAACAAGCGCCCCUCGCGGCGGUGGUGGAUUCGGAGCCCGUGGUGGUGAUCGCGGUCGUGGCCGUGGCCGUGGCCGUGGACGUCGCGGCGGCAAGAACGAGGAGAAGGAGUGGCAGCCCGUCACCAAGCUCGGUCGUCUUGUGAAGGCCGGCAAGAUCAGCUCCAUUGAGGAGAUCUACCUGCACUCUCUGCCCGUCAAGGAGUACCAGGUCGUCGAUGCCUUCCUGCCCACCCUCAAGGACGAGGUCAUGAAGAUCAAGCCCGUCCAGAAGCAGACCCGUGCCGGUCAGCGUACCCGUUUCAAGGCCAUUGUCCUGAUCGGUGACUCCAACGGCCACGUCGGUCUCGGCAUCAAGACCUCCAAGGAGGUUGCCACCGCCAUCCGCGCCGCUAUCAUCAUCGCCAAGCUCAGCGUCAUCCCCGUCCGUCGUGGUUUCUGGGGUACCAACCUUGGUCAGCCCCACUCCCUGCCCUGCAAGGAGUCUGGCAAGUGCGGUUCCGUUACCCUCAUCCCCGCCCCCCGUGGUACCGGUGUCGUCGCCUCCCCCGCCGUCAAGCGUCUCCUGCAGCUUGCUGGUGUUGAGGAUGCCUACACCUCGUCCGCUGGCUCCACCAAGACCCUCGAGAACACCCUGAAGGCCACCUUCGUCGCCGUCUCCAACACCUACGGCUUCCUGACGCCCAACCUGUGGAAGGAGACCAAGCUCAUCCGCAGCCCGCUGGAGGAGUUCGCCGACACCCUGAGGGAUGGCAAGAAGUACUAG